AUGCGUGAUUCAUGCGGCACACGUGACAAAUGUCCUCCCCUGCGGACAAUGCCUGCCAUUCAGGGUCCGGCAGCCACAGGCGGCGCUGCAGGAGGGCAGGAGGGUGGCACGGGGACAGCUAAGGGCCCCCCGGCCGGGGAGGAAAGCCAGGGCGCUCCCCGGGACCCGGCACAGGCAAACGAAGCGCACGGGAGCUCGGGGUCAAGGGACAAAGGCAGCAAUGCAUCGGUGCAUGGGGACGUCGCUGGGCAGGAAGAGUCACAGAGCGAGCUGUUCCCAGAUAAUGCAGAGAAUGGGAAGGACAAACAAGCAGCCCACGCGCCCGCUGAGAGCAUGGCUGGCGACAGGGAAGGGACACAGGACCUCAUCCAGCCAGCAGCAGGAGAGGCCCAGGAGAGCUCAGACAGCCAGAGGGAAGAGCCUGCUGUGGCCUCAACGACAGGGGAUCCGGCCAAUGCACCUGCGAGCGGCCUGCCCGGUGAUUCCGAGAGGCUCAAGCAGGACCAGAGCGUAAUGCAAAAGGCGUAUCUUGACGUGCUGGGUGAUGAUAUGGGCCCCCAAGUGUCUUGUUACAUCAGGGCCCCAUCAUACCUUCUGCAACAUCUAGAAUGCCGAAUAAUUAAUAGCAUGAGUUCUUUAAUAGUGAGUGAUAAUGAAGAGUUGGUCAGCAAUGUCAUCACUGUUGAGUGCUCAGCUGUGGAAACAAGAAUUCCAUUUCCAAUAUGCAUCGCAAUCCCAUUCACCGCACGUUAUAGGGGAAAUUACAAAGACAUCAUGGUGAAAGUGUCCGACAUAAACCUCCAGUCAAGUUACCUGACCCCAAGUUCACUGGAAGGCGUGAGAGGAAGUUACAAGGGGACCUGUGCUGAAGUGAAAGUUUACAAGUUGGGUAUCUUUUCUGUCGUGUCUUGUUUAAAGAAAGAGUCCUUCACAGUAACAAAGAAAGGCCUCACUCUCAAGCCAAGCAUGGAUUCUCGGAUAUCUUUGCAUUACCCCCCAGGAGUUUUCAGCUCACCGGUGCUUGUACAAUUAAAGAUCCAACCAGUUGACCCAUCUCUGGUGGCAUAUUUAAAAACCCAGCAAGACACUUCCUACUCGGUACUGUCCACCAGCCCUCUGGUUCAUGUUCAGCACCCAUCAACACAUCCUUUCCAGAAGCCAGUCACUGUACUCCUACCUUGCUCUUCACACCCUGAUAAAAAGAAUUUUGGGUCUGAGAUAGAUCAUAAAAGACCAGCUAGUAUCACAACGAAAAGCAUCAUACCUUUAUACCUCAGCCGGACAAAAAGUGCUUCCAUAAGAAAACCUGGGAAUAAUGCCUGUGAAUCUUUGAAAUUACUGGGAUUCAGAAGCCGAGACAGUGCCUGGUUCGGGCUUGAUGAUGUUGUGGUGAGAACCACGCAGAGCGGCUUGAUUUCAUUUGAAAUGUGUGAACACAUAGAGAGGUUUAUCGUGCUCCACCUGUCUUCCACUGUGGACAACAGCCACUUGGUUUCUUUUGUGAAAUCUUUAGAGGAAGCCCUGCUCAGCACCAGUGCCUGCGUGGUUCUGUAUCACCGCAAAGACAAUCCACAGAGAGUGGUCGUUUCAGUGGUGCCGUCUAAAGAUUUAAACCAGGAGCUUAGGACUUUGCACUUGGAAGCCUUCUGUGGUCCUCCAGAGCCGUCUCGCCAUUUCCAGGUGAAAGAAGGAGAGCAACUUCUUUUAAGGUUCACUGGAAACAUAUUUGCCUCAAGUAACGGGAAGGAUUAUGGAAAAGACUACAAGCUUAUUUUUCAUUUACAAAGAAAACCCAGGCUGGAACUCCAAAUCAAAGAGGUGGAUGAGUUUGGCAACUACAGCUGCUCUCAUUAUAAGGGCACCAUUGUAGUUUAUAAGAUACCUAAAGAAAAGAUAGUCCACAACUUGGACCAGUCUCCCAUACUUAAUGAAAACCAUUAUCAGUUGCCAGUUUGCAAAUUACCAUUGAAAUUGCCCAAGCAUGAAAAAUUACUCAACCGGCCACAGAGUACCAAAAGAAUUUCUACAGAUCCAACAGAAGCCCUGUGGGAAAACUUGCUCUACUGGUUGGCAGAGGAGCUCUCGGAAGAAAACACCACGUGUCUCUGCUCGUCCCUCCCUCUUCGCCGCAGCACCAUUCAGCUCAUCAAACUGAAGAGCCCAGAUGACCUCACAGAACAGAUCCACGAACUUCUUUGCUUCUGGAAAAAGUCACUCCCAAAUUCCACUGAUAAACUCCGCCUUCUGGCCCGUCAUCUCCGCAAGAUCGGCAGGAGCGAUCUCUCCGAGGAGCUCAAGUUCAAGUGGGAAAAUAAAGUGUUCACCGACCUACAGCAGUGGUCUCAUGUGGCGGAGUGA